GCGUGUAGGUCAAAGGUCGUGUUUUCGCUGGCCGUCAUUCGAGCGCCGUCGGCUGUGCGAGCAGAGGACGUUUCCAACGUGACGUUUUGACGUCGUCUACGUGUUUUACGUGCACGUUGCGGGAUCACCUGGAUGUCCCGGACGCAGAUUUGAAGACGAGAUCGUUGAGAAGGUUUGAUUAUUCGCCAUGGAUCGGAGAGACUCGCCUAUCCUGACGGGAAUGGGCGGCACGGCGCCCAGGACUUACCCCACGUCGCUGGUUAACCCCGUCCUGACGGCCCAUCCGCGGAACUUGGGCGCCGCGGCUCCGUCAGGUAGCGUCAAGCUCACCCACCCUGGCAAGGCUAUCAUAGCGGGUGGCAUUGCGGGCGGGAUCGAGAUCUGCAUCACCUUCCCCACAGAGUACGUGAAGACACAGCUGCAGCUGGACGAGAAAGCGAACCCUCCCAAGUACCGCGGGCCGGUGCACUGUGUGCAGGCCACGGUACGGGACCACGGCGUGCGCGGGCUGUACCGCGGGCUCAGCUCACUGGUCUACGGGUCCAUACCCAAGGCAGCAGUCAGGUUUGGUGCUUUUGAGUUCUUCAGUAACAUGAUGCGUAACGAGAGAGGUCAACUGUCAAAGGGCAACAGCUUUUUAUGCGGGUUGAUGGCGGGCGCGUCGGAGGCGGUGUUCGUGGUCACGCCCAUGGAGACGGUCAAGGUGAAGUUCAUCCACGACCAGACGUCGGGCAACCCCAAGUACAGGGGCUUCUUCCACGGGGUCAGGGAGAUCGUCAGGGAACAGGGAAUCGGUGGAACGUACAAAGGUUUGUUUCCCACGAUACUGAAGCAGGGGUCCAAUCAGGCGAUCCGCUUCCUGGUGAUGAACUCGUUAAAGGACUGGUACCGCGGCGACGACCUCAGCAAAAACAUCAACCCCUUCAUCACGGCAGCGUUCGGCGCGACGGCGGGCGCAGCCAGCGUCUUCGGGAACACGCCCAUCGACGUAGUGAAGACCAGGAUGCAGGGUCUAGAGGCACAUAAGUACAAGAGUGCGUGGGACUGCGCAGUCAAGAUCGCCAAGCACGAAGGACCCAGGGCUUUCUACAAGGGCACGCUUCCCCGGCUGAGCCGCGUGUGUUUGGACGUUGCCAUGGUGUUCGUUAUUUACGAGGAAGUCGUGAAGAUGUUAAACGUGGUCUGGAAGACCGACUAACCGUAACUCGGAUGCACGGAUCGGGUCGUUUUGGUGGUUUCCAUGACGACGGCGUCCGUCGGUUGUGCUGUGGUUUUUCAUGCACGUUCAUCAGUAAUAUCUUAAUUUUGUUAAGGCCACUCCAAUUUUAUUAUUGGUUUUCAAUCAAGUCAAAAAUAACGUGAAAUUUGUGAACGGGAGUUGUCGCCCUUUUUUUAGAAUUACAAAAGAAAAAUAUAGAGCAAAGACUCGGCAAACCAAGACAUAAAAUUGGUGUGGUCUUACGUGGCAUGGAAAUGUGAUCAUUGUCACCAUAACCUGUGGAAAUCCACGUGCCAUGAAAACCUGUCAUGAAAGUGACGACUUCAGCAUGGUUUGUAUAACACCUUUUAUAACUCUUGACUUGAUUUUUCUUUUUUUCUUUUUGGCUAAUAUUGCCAUCACAAUAAUCAGAUAUAUUAACAUAGAAUGAAAAUGAAACCUAUGAAAAUGUAAUUUUUGUUGGGUACAACUUUUUUGAGAAUUGUAGCAAAGAAAAAAAAUCUUUAGAAAUUUCUUGUAUUAAUUCUUGUAUUAAUUGUUGUAGAAUCCAAUGACCAUCUUUUGUUAUACUUUAGCUGGAGUGCCGAUAAUUAAGAAAUAUACAUUUUAUGAUGUAUUCCAUAAUGAAAAUUAUUAAAGAUUUAGGUAGUUUUAUUCUCUUGUAAAAGCCCACUGCCACCUCCAUCCUAUGUUACAUGACACUGUGCAGAUGUGUUUGUAGGCUUAAUUGUAAUCUAUGCACUACUAAGUGUUAUAAAUGGGAACAGACUCUAAUUUUGUAGACUACACUGAUAUGUAGGCCUCAGGUGCAAGUACUGUAGAUCUGCAAACUUUCACGGUGGUUUUGUGUUUGCAGUUAACUUUGCACUAAAAACCUAUUGCACCAGGAAUAUUCAUUUCCGGUGAGUUUAUCACUGCCGUACUACAGAAUCACUUUAACCGAGGAUUUUACAUGCAGCAUAAACACUUUCCCUCCAUCUGCAAAAUAAAACCUCCGCAAAAGUAAAUGGAUUUACAGUACGGUAGAAGCCAGUUAAUUGCACAAUGGAUUAACGCACACUUCUGUUAACUGCACGGAAUCCCAAAAUCCCAAACUGGUGUGGUCCAGCUGGAUAACUUCGCAUUAUUGCACCAGCCGGAUAAUUGCACGAAAUACGCUGGCAAAUAAGCUGUGCAAUUAAAUGGCUUCUACUGUAGUAGAUUCUAUGAUAUUAUUAUUUUUUAACCAUCCUCCUGCCUUGUAAGCCUGUGACCAGUACAGACGUUGUGCCAAAAGACUGGCUUAGCAGAGAGGAGGUUAAAGCUUUGUAAGAAUGUGCAAUAGACAGUAAGCGGUGGGACAAAACGUACAAUUGUUUAGUCCGUGUUUUAUCUUUCAUGCUAAUUGAGUGUUUUGCAGAGCUCGUGAAAAGUUGUAAGACUUGGAUGUGAAAGGUUUUGGAUCUUGUUUUGGAUUUUAUCAGAAUUUCUGUAUAUCUGAUCGGAAAUUCUUUUGAGUGAAUCGUCCAAAGAGACUGUUUCUGUUGAAUUCAA